UGGUGUUUCCAGACGCUCCGAUUAUAGAGUUUUAGUCACUGGGUUGCCCUCUUCUGCUUCAUGGCAAGACCUUAAGGAUCACAUGCGUCGAGCUGGGGAUGUUUGCUUCUCCCAAGUUUUUAAGGAGGGAGGUGGCACCACCGGGAUUGUGGACUACACAAACUAUGAUGACAUGAAAUAUGCUAUAAGGAAAUUGGAUGACUCUGAGUUCCGGAAUGCUUUCUCUCGCGGAGUUAUACGUGUGAAGGAGUAUGAUUCUAGCCGCUCUAGGAGCCGUAGUCGCAGCCGGAGCAAGAGCUAUAGCCGUAGUCGCAGCAGAAGCCGAAGCAAAUCCCCAAAAGCAAAAUCUUCUCGCCGCUCAAAAUCCCGUUCGAGGUCUGCUUCUCCUCGUUCUCGUUCUGGAUCAGAACCCCGCCCAUCUGCAAGAUCUCCUUCAAGAUCCAGAUCUCCGCCACCUUCUCGCCCAAAGCGGGUUAGUAAAAGUCCCAAAAGACGCAGUCCUAGUAAGAGCAGGAGUCCGAGCAGAAGCAGGAGUCGUAGCAGGAGCAAGAGUUUAUCACGGUGAUGAAGCUGGUGCUAGUUGAUGGGUUGGUUCUGAAGUGGAGCGGGAAAGGUUGUUUUGGAGCUAAGAAGUUAGCUUAGCCAAGUAAGUUGAAUUUGGAACAUGACUUAUAUGUAAGCAUGGAUUUGGGAUUGUGGAUGUCUAUUUAUACUUCACUAGACCGAGUUGUUGUAUGUUGACUAGAGUUAAUGCCUUUUUGGUUCAAAGUUUUUCUAGUUUCUUGUGGAUUCCAGAUGGCACAUAUUUG